AUGAUUAUUGGGGAUUCAGCAGCACAGGGGACUACAUGGACGACAACAAUUUCCAAAACACUAGAUUCACUGUCUUUGUUCCGACAUCUAACCUGUCUGAUCUGUACAAAUCAGCACGAAUAGCUCCAGUAUCUCUCACUUACUUCCAUGCCUGCUUGGAAAAUGGAAAAUACACUGUGAACUUAGACUUUGCUGAGAUGAGAUUCACCAACGAUGAAACUUAUAACCGGCUUGGGAGGCGUGUGUUCGACAUUUACAUUCAGGAGAAACUAGUGUUAAAGGACUUCAAUAUCAUGGAUGAAGCAAAGGGAGCUCAAAAACCUAUAACCAAACCAUUUACUGUCAAUGUCACUAACCAUUUUUUAGCUAUCCGGUUGAGUUGGGCUGGUAAAGGAACCACUAGGAUUCCCACUAGAGGCGUGUAUGGUCCUCUCAUAUCGGCUAUUUCCAUAGUUUCAGAUUCUAAGCCGUGUGCAUCCCCCGGAAGUGGAAUGAGUCUGGGAGCAAAAAUUGCAAUUGGACUUGGAUCCAUAUGUCUUAUUAUCUUUAUACUGGGUGUCCUUUGGUUUUUUGGCUGCCUUCCAAAAUGUUGGCAGCAACGAAAAGAUCCCAAUGAAGAAGAGUUGCCAUCUGGAACGUUUACGUUAAGGCAAAUCAAAUUUGCUACAGAUGACUUCAAUCCAGCCAACAAGAUUGGAGAAGGUGGUUUUGGUGCUGUGUUUAAGGGUGUGUUAUCAGAUGGAAGAGUUGUAGCAGUUAAGCAGCUCUCAUCUAAAUCAAGACAAGGGAACAGAGAGUUUCUAAACGAGAUUGGCGCAAUUUCUUGUCUACAACAUCCGAACCUAGUCAAGCUUCAUGGCUUCUGCGUUGAGCGGUCUCAGCUGUUGCUGGUGUAUGAAUACUUGGAAAACAACAGUUUAGCUCAAGCCUUAUUCAAUUGA